AUUGCGAAGAAGCCACGUUGGAAGUGUGUUUUGGCAAGUCUUGCAUUAAAAUUGAAUUUGGUAAGUGACUAUGUGAACGUGCCAGAGAGUAAAAGUUUGGCGACAGCACCGUUUGUUGGUCAAAAGUUGCAAAUUAAUGUUAAAUCUGCUCUAAACUUUUGCAAUAAUUGGUAGAAGAAAAACAAAAAACAUACUUGUGCUUUAAUUCUUUGGAUCAUGCUACAUGAUGUCGCUGAUGUGCCUCAUAUGCGUUUGGCCCGUAACUGUUGCUUGCUGAUAUAUUCUUAUUUUUGAAAGGUAUCAGAGGUGAUGAAACACACAUGAAAAUCUUGCUGCCAAUAGGUUCCCUUAUACGCGACCCACAAGAUUUGCGGUAUACCAGUGAUUCCAGCGCAUACAGUUCUGUCUGUAUGUUUUCUUAAAAUUGAAUACAAUUCUGAUUUAAUUUUCAGAUCUGAUCUUUAGGACCGAGUGCCCACAUUGUUACUUUGAAAAUUGUUUUAUCAUUGUGCUCAAAAUUGACCCAUUUCUUCGGACGGCCUGUGUGGGUCCUAAUGCCCCAGUAUAGUGAUGGGGACACUAUACUGUAAAAAGGCACCGGCCUUCGGAUGAGAUGUUAAACUGAGGUCCUGACUCUCUGUGGUCAUUAAAAAUCCCAGGGCACUCCUUCUAAAAGAAUAGGGGUGUAACCUCAGUGUCCUGGCCAAAGUCCCCCCAUUGGCCCUUAUCUAUCAUGGCCUCCUAGUAAUCCCCAUCCAUGUAUUGGCUCUAUCACUCUACUCUCUCCUCUCCACCAGUAGCUGGUGUGUGGUGAGCGUACUGCCGCACUAUGGCUGCCGUCGCAUCAUCCAGGUGGAUGCUGGUGGAGGUUGAGGAGAGUCCCCUGUUCACUGUUCGCUUUGAGUGUAGUGUCAAAAAAGUGCUAUAGAAAUGUAACAUUCAUUCAUUCAACACCUUGUGGAUCUACAUCAUUUGACAGUUAUGAUAUAGGUGUCUGCGUGAUCCACAGAGACUUUCCACAAACAAGACAAAUUAGGAAUCCAAGGAAGAACUUUUAAAAGAUUUCUGAAUUUCCAUGUCUUUGACAAUAUCUCAGCAUGGCAGGGACUCAUUUACUUGUGUACACAACAGUUGUCGAUGGCCACUGAGUAAACUGAUUUGCUUCAAAUGGACUUUGACUGUUACACAGAGGAGGAGCCUUAACUGUGUUUGCUUCAUCUCGGGAUAACCCAAGUUAGAGCACAAACGAUAGGAAAUCUCAGCUGUGAUCAAGAUCGAGUCAAGAUUCAGAAAAUGGCAAUGAUGCUGGCGUUUGCUGCUCUGCUCCCUGUUGUACUGGGGAGUGAGUGUAGUAGUGAUGAAUUUAGUCCUGUUGACUGUUCUCAGAUUAAUACAAAAGGAGAAACGGUCAGUGGCAUUUACUCCAUAUAUCCGGCAGGUGGCAUUCCUGUCUGGGUGUACUGUGACAUGGUCUCAACUGGUGCAGAUGAUGAUAAAGGAGGAUGGACGGUGAUUCAGAGACGACUGGAUGGCAGUGUGAAUUUCUAUCGUCCAUGGAAAGAGUACAAGAGAGGAUUUGGGGAUGUCAUGGGAGAGUACUGGCUAGGGUUGGAGAACAUUCACCAGCUCACACGUAACAGGAAAUACAUGCUGAGAGUGGACAUGGAGGACUUUACAGGAAGGAAAGGUUACGCUCUGUAUUCAUACUUCUCUGUGGACUCUGAAUGUAAUGGGUAUCAUCUGCAUGUUUCAGGGUUUAAAGAUGGAGGGGCAGGCGACUCUUUAUCUGGCCACAAUGGAUACAAAUUCUCCACUUUUGACAAAGACCAAGACAUCCAUGACAGUAAUUGUGCCAAAAUGUUUCUUGGGGGAUUUUGGUACUCAAACUGUCAUUCUACAAACCCCAACGGUGUGUACUUAUGGGGAGAAGAUGCCACUCAUUAUGCCAUUGGAGCUGUUUGGACGACCUGGAAGAACAGUUACGCCGUCAGUAUGAAAUCAAUCACUAUGAAGAUCAAAAGGGGCUCUUAGGCCUUUAUAGAAACUUUUUCAUUAUGACAGAUUAAUGUUUUCCUUUCCUCUUAUAACUGUGUAACUGAGUAAACCAUGUAAGAAUAUCUCUCUUUAAAACAUAUGGCUAUUGGUGUAAUACACUGUUGUUUUUAGUUGCUUCUUUUGAUUUACUUCAUACAUUUUCAGUUAACUCCUAAGUAAAUGCAGUGUCCACAUGCAGAUGUGUAGUCCUGCAAUAUACCACUUAUUAUCUUUUCGAUCUGUUACCAAUUACUAUCAAGGACAUUAUCCCCGAUAUCGAUAUCAGUACUGAUACCUCUAUUAAAUGGAUUUGUUUUGUGACUUCUGAGGAUAAAAUGGGUAAUUUUAACAUAUCUUAAAGUCCUUAUUUAAAACAUUUAUAGGCCUAAACUCCAAAUUGUUACACAUCUAUUUUUGUUUAUCAGUUAUUACCAAAAAUGUUUAUUUAAUUUAAAUAAACAUAACAAAUGAG